UGACAGUGGGCUUGGACGCAGCUGGGAAAACGACCAUUUUGUACAAACUCAAGCUGGGAGAGGUCGUCACCACCAUUCCGACCAUCGAUAGGAUGUUCUGUCAGUUGGUCGCCAGAGAUCCGACUUUUGAACACUUUCAUCAUCAACAUUUGGGACUUUUUAUGGAACAUUCAUCCGUCUCGUUGUGAUAUUGUCUCAAAUUGUUGUCCGCAUGCUGUACACAUAAAAUGUUUAUGAUGUAUUUACAUUCCAUCGUGUUUUGGUAUCAUUUUAGUGUUGGUGUAAAGAGCAAAAUAACGAUCGAUUGCCUUCAUCCACUUUUUGGGAGGAAACGUCGGAGAGUCCUUUUGACGCAUUCCUUUGAAAUGAAGUCGCGCAAAUGUCAUCGAAAUGUCGGCUUCAAUGUGGAGACGGUGGAGUACAAGAACAUCUGCUUCACCGUUUGGGAUGUUGGCGGCCAAGACAAGAUUCGCCCUCUCUGGAGACACUACUUCCAGAACACACAGGGUCUCAUCUUCGUGGUGGACAGCAACGACAGAGAGCGAGUGGCCGAGUCGGCAGACGAGCUUUCAAAGAUGAUCCAGGAGGACGAUCUGAAGGACGCUGUGAUUCUGGUGUUCGCCAACAAACAGGAUCUUCCCAACGCCAUGGCCGCCAGCGAACUCACUGACAAACUGGGCCUGAACAACCUGCGCAGCCGCACCUGGUCCGUGCAAGCCACCUGUGCCACGCAGGGGUCGGGCCUGUACGAAGGCCUGGACUGGCUGUCCAACGAGCUCGCCAAGCACUAGACCGGCGGACGAGGAGGCGUGGAAUUUCACAGGACUGGUUCUUCUUUCUUUUUUUUCUUUUUUUUUUUUUUUUAAAUUAUGUGUCAGCAGGAGGCAACUUGUCGGACUCCCGUUCUUCUCUUCUCGAGUUCCUCGUCUUCGUUUUCCUACGCAUGUUUUUACCGAGUCGUGUGACAGGACGCGUGCGGCGGGGCCGGCGGCCGUCGCGCCGUGCCCACGGAGGCCUCGUGCCCCUCGUCAUUGAUGUGAAAAGCAGCGAUUGAUGCAAUAAAGGUGUUUUUCUUUGG